UAAUUCGAUUUUCUGUCUCUGAAGUAGAAAGCUUUGGAUCAGACCAAUUCCAAGAUCCAGGCCAGGAUUUGGAAAUGCUCAAAAACACAACUUGGCACCAAAUGAACAAUUAGCAGCUGAAUCAAGGAUAGAUUCAGAUUGCAGCAGAAAACGGAAGAAAAGGCUGGGGAAUGGCUGAGAUCUGGGAAGUUCUCACUACUGUGCUGGUGGGAUUUCUGAUCCUGGAUUUUCUAAAACUGCUCUGGUCCAGCAGACGUUACCCUCCUGGCCCUCUUCCUCUUCCUCUCAUUGGUGGACUCUGGCGGAUUGGGACCAAGCUUUCCAAUGAUACUUUCAGUAAGAUGAGCAAGCAAUAUGGAAACAUUUACACUAUGUGGGUGUGGCAUCAACCUGUGGUAGUAAUUUCUGGAUUUCAUGCAAUGAAGGAAAGCCUGAUCCACCGUUCGCAAGAUUUUGCUGAUCGGCCCCUUUCGACUUUUCUUUUAAAAAUAUGUAAAGGUAAAGGGAUUGCGUUUUCAAAUGGUCAUGCCUGGAAAGAGCAGAGACAUUUUACCAUAAGCGCUCUCCGCCUGCUGGGACUGGGAAAGAAAGACAUGGAACAUAAACUAGAAGAGGCAGCACAUCAGUUGGUGGAGAUCUUUGCACGCACAAAGGGGCAGCCAAUUGAUCCUUUACCGGCCAUCAUUAAUUCAGUCUGUAAUAUGAUUUGCCUCUUGAGUUUGGGAUACCGGUUUCCCCCUGAAGACGGAAAGUUCCAGAUGAUUAUAGAAGACAUUAGCAAUUAUAUGAAAUUUGGCGGUUCCCCUUUGUUAUUGUUCUAUGAAUUGUUUCCAUGGCUAGUGAAACAUCUCCCAGGGCCUCAUCAGAAGAUACAAGCAUCCAUCCAGACAGGGAUGUCAAUUGUAAAGGAAGAGUCAGAGAAACACAGCCAAGAUUUGGCCCUGCGUCAGCCAAAGGAUUUCCUGGAUCUUUAUCUUCUCCAGAUAGAAAAGAAACAGAGUGAUCCCAACUCAAACUUCGAUCAUGAAAACAUGGCUCAUUGUAUUAUGGAAUUUUUUGUUGCUGGGACAGAAACCACAGGAAGCUUUCUACAAUGGGCUCUUUUGCUCAUGGUGACUUAUCCAGAUAUCCAAGAUAAAGUCUACAAAGAAAUGGAAACGGUUUUGGGUUCCUCUGACUCAAUCUGUUAUGAAGACCGGUGGAAAUUGCCUUACACUCAAGCCGUCCUUCAUGAAAUUCUGCGUUCAAAAUACGUCUUAUUGUUUGGUGUUCCCAGGAAAACAGUGAAAAAUGUAAACGUGUGUGGCCUUUCUAUUCCAAAGGAAACUUUAAUUAUCGCAGAUUUCCAUUCGGUUCUUCUGGAUCCCAAGCAAUGGGAGAGUCCCGAAGAAUUCAAUCCAGAUCAUUUUUUGGACAAAGAGGGAAAUUUUAUGAAGAGAGAAGAAUUUCUGCCAUAUGGAGCAGGAGCUCGGGUCUGUGUAGGGGAAAACUUAGCGAGAAUAGAGGCUUUCCUUUUGUUUACCAACCUGCUGAGAAGCUUCAAAUGGCAGCUACCCGAAGGAGUGAAAGAACUCAAUCAGGAACCGCUAGUAGGAAUCACCUUACAUCCUCAACCUUUUAAACUCUGUGCCGUUCCUCGUUGCCGGUCAUCCUAAAUUAGAUUUAAAUGAAUAUAGGGCGAAGAUAUCACUGAUGUGGCUUUUAUAAUGAUUUCUCGGCCAUUCCCUUUCCUUUCGUGGAACGUUUUGCCUUAACUUGCUCUUAGCUCAAGCUUUCUCUGUCCUAAAGCAGUGUUUCUCAACCUUCGUCGUUUUUAAGAUGGGUGGACUUCAGUUCCCAGAAUUCCCCAUUGCUGGCUGGGGUAUUCUGGGAGUUGAAGUUGUGGGAACUCUCUCCCCAGAAGUAUGAAAUAUUUUGGGAAAUACUUUUUUAAAAAGGCAGAAUAUUAUAUUUCCCUAAAGGAGAAAUGGAGAAACAUGGUUUUUUUAGAGGCAGAAAGCAGGCCCCACUUUCCUUAAUAGCCCACAACAGAUGUCAGCACUUAAGAGAUAAAGAGCUUAUUGAAAGAGAAAGACAAGUAUCUAGAUAGCUCUAUUCAUCAGCAAAGCAAAUACCUCAGGCAGAAAUCCAUUCAAGACAGGAUAUUUUGAAACUCCCUGCAGCAAAGUCUGAACAAAGGCAGAAUGGUAGGAUUAGAAGCUGCCCCUCCUCACCCAAGAUCCAACACAGGAGGGAAAGCCAUUAAGCCACAAUAGGAAUUGCCCAACACCCUUUCAGAACACAAGCUCCUUCAUUGCACCAUCACAGAGUAGUCGAAACUUCAAACCUGGGAGCUCAGAUAAAUAAUAAACCAGAGGUUGACCAGAUUAGUUCAGACAAACAUCUAGGAUUUGCAUUUCCUUUUUUGCCUAUAGAGCCAGCCAUGACCCCUACAUGACCCCAUAGGAAUCUGACAACAGCCAAUAGAAUACAUGUUCUUGCACAGGAAGUCCAACUGCCAAGCCCAAGAGAAGGCAUAAAACCCCCUCACUCUCAACUCCAUGUGGUCAGCUACCCAGAAUCAUCUGGGGCCGCCAUUCGUGUGGGGAUCGCUAUUCCGCUGUGGCUCACUUUCACCGACGACCCUUCCUGUGUGCUGCUCUGCUGGGUCGUCAGCCCCGAGGCAUGCCUCUCCCUUCGACUUCCCAACCUCAUGCUAGAUGAUGUCAAGGUCCUGCACUGAAGCAGUUUAUCAUCAUCUGUCACUUUAAGGAAAGACGGAGCAGCGCAGAACAACUGAAGCGGCUUGUGAUGGAAUUGGGGAGGGAGAGGGAGGAUACGGGGUAAUUGGAUAAUUGAGUGAUUGCACUGGGGUGGAGCUGUAUGAUGAUUAAAAGGUGAUGGGGAGCACGGAGCAUCAGCUCCAACAAAGAUUUCUUUCUGUAACACUUUAAGGUGGUCAGUUAAUAUCGAUAUCUGUCCCAGAACACCAGAACAACUAGGCACAAGGACAGUUUUUUCCCGAAUGCCAUCACUCUGCUAAACAAAUAAUUCCCUCAACACUGUCAAACUAUUUACUAAGUCUGCAUUACUAUUACUAUUAAACUUCUCAUCGUUCCUAUCACCCAUCUCCUCCCACUUAUGACUGUAUGACGGUAACUUGUUGCUGUAUCCUUAUGAUUUAUAUUGAUUGUUUCCCAGUAUGAUUUGAUUGCUUAUUUGUAUCCUAUGACUAUCAUUAAGUGUUGUACCUUAUGAUUCGUGAUGAAUAUAUCUUUUCUUUUAUGUACACUGAGAGCAUAUGCACCAAAGACAAAUUCCUUGUGUGUCCAAUCAAAUUUGGCCAAUAAAGAAUUCUAUUCUGUUC